AUGCUGGUCGCCGUGGUGGGUGUUUUGUUCGCGGCUUUGCUGUGCCUGUUGCUGCGCAACCAGAUUCGGAAACGCCGCCGACGAAAGCCAUCCGUGGAAGGUCUCGACGAUGGCGAAGAGUUCAAGCCGCCACUGCCGGAGAAUAUCCAGCGGAGCUUCACCUUCUGGGCUGGGGGCCUUGCGGGCGUCCUGUCUGCCGCGGUGACGCACCAGCUUGAUGUGGCGAAGACGCUCCGCCAUGUGGGCAAGCCUAUGCCCGACAAAUUUGGUGAUUACUUCGUCGGAAUCUUCAUGGGCUCCUUUGCGCAAGGUUUCCGAUUUGGGGUCACCCUCCUCCUCAACAUGACGCUGCAGAAGCGACUGGAUAAGUGGCAGAAAGCCGCUCAGAGCAGAGGUGGAUGCUGCAGCAAGGUGGUGUCGUUCGGUGUGAGCAUGUUGGCUGCGGGCACUGGCGAGUUCUUGGCCAACCCUCCAGUCGUCAUCAAGAAUUAUCAGAUUGCCAACAACGUGGGCAUCGCAACGGCCUGUGAGGAGUUGUGGGAGAUGGGCGGCCCGCCGCGCUUCUUCAGUGGCGUGGGGAUGGGCGUGCUGCGCAAGUCCCUGGCCAACGGUGUGGUCCUCCAAACGAUCGGGCCCACAAAGUCAUUUCUCUUGAGCGCGAUGCCGAGCUUUCGAUCCAAUCAGGUGUCCCUGAGCUUCGUGGCCGGAAGUCUCACUGGGAGCUUCGCAGAGGUGAUGACCAACCCGCCAGACCAGGCCCUGCAUCUUUUGGUUUUCUUUGCUUCAGCUCUACCCUAA